ACAAAAUUUUGUUUUUUGGUCGUUCUUCCUCUAUGAUUCCAAGCAGAGAUUUGAAGGGGAAACUGAAAAAGAGUGGAAUUCAGUAAGGGAAAUCAAAGAUAAAAUAGGGGUUCUGAAUGAAGAGAAAAAGAGGAAAAUCGAAGAAUAAAAGGUGAUGUGGUUAUUGAUGAAGCACCAUAAGCAGCAGCAACAGCAGCAGCUAAAACUGAUGAGUGGAAGAGAGCACGGACGCUCACUGAAAAAGCCAAAGCAAUCUCCACUUAAUGAGUUUCCAUCAUUUGGUUGCGCAGUGAUGUGGUUAUUGAAGAUGAAUUCAGAGAUGACGCUAUCGCCUAUCCCUAGUAUCGAGAAGACAAAUGCUGCAACAGAGAAGGCAAAGGAAGGCUACGAAACAGCAAAAAACAAAGCAGCAGGGAAGAUGAGUGAGGGAACGGGGGACAGUGCAGCGGAGGAGAUUAAGAAGAGGCAGGGACACUCGGCAGAACAGCUGAAUUGGGCCAAGGACAAAGCGAAAGAAGGGUAUGAUGCGGCAAAGAACAAGGCUAAGGAGACGUUGGAGUCGGUGAAGGAGACGGUUGCUUCAAAUUACGAGGCGACGAAGCAAAAGCCGUCGGAGUAAAUGCCUGCUGAAAGCGGGGUAAACAAUAGAACCAACCACGAGGUUCAUUAACUUGGCCAACCUACAAAUGUGGUAGCUCAGUAUUUGCAUAAACUGACAGAGCCCCUGAGGCAGCUGAGACCAUAUUAAUGUCGGAAAAGAUGAAAAGAUGAAAAACUAAAAACUCUAGCUUAACUCAGAUGAAAAGAUGAAAAACUUGAAAGAAUUGUAUGUCCAACAAAGCCAUCAUUAGUAUUUAUUUAUUUACUUGCAUAUUUCUUUUGGGUGAUUUAAUAAAUGUUAUUAUCCUUA